UUUUUUUUCUUCGUUCCUUCUCUCUUAUUUAUUUCAUUGCGUACAGAUCUCCCCAAGCUUCUAACAUGCUUAGCUUUAUCGUUGAUAUGUUCCCUGCGGUCUAUGCCGAGGAGAAGAAGGCUCAGGAGGCUCAUGCUCCUGAUCAUGAUUUGAUAGAUGACAAGCAUAAAGGGAAUAAUGACCACAAGGAGGAGAAGCAUGACAAGCAAGGAGAUAAGCAAGAUCACAGAGAAGCGAAACAGCAAGACGAGGCGGAGGAGAAAAAAGAGGAUCAUAAAGAGAGCCAUAAAGAAGACGAGGGAGAUGGACAUAAGAAUGUAAAGCAAGCAAGCGAUGAAAAGCCCGAGAAAGAGAGCAAGAGCAGCUCAAAAGAGAGUACUCCAGCUCCUCCAGAACCGGAGGAAGAAGAGGAGCCAGAAGAUAUCAAGCCCAAGAUCGAGGAAGCUUGUGCCGAGACUGCAGCUUGUACAAAAUUGAAGCAUCACCUUGAUGAGUGCACGCGCCGUGUCGAAGAAGAAGGCGCACAUGAGGACUGUAUAGAAGAGCUCUAUCAUUUCUUGCACUGCGUCAAUGAAUGUGCUGCUCCAAAGUACUUCAACAAACUUGCUUAGGAAAAAAACUAAAAUAAAUGCAAAAACCCAAUUACAAUAAAAACAC